AGGCAGGAGACUGGCUGCUGCUGCUCAGCCAUGGCUUGAAGCCACGUUCGUGGUGAAUCAUGGCACAAACAACGCCGGGGAGGGCUGCAGGAAUGUCUGGGUGUGCUGUGCGAGGGUUUUUCCAGGCAGGUAGGCCUCCCCAUCUGGCUGUCUGCAUCCAGACAGUACUGCUUCGUCACCUUCGCUCUGCUCCCACAUUUGUUUGGUUUCUCUCCAGUGCGUCUCAGUGAACCGUGCAGUGUUUACAGAUGUGCUCGUGUGCAGGAGAUAGAAGUAUGGUGUGCUUCUGUUGGCUCUGGCCAGUGGUGUUCCCUUUCUCCUGCCACAUUCCUCUUUCUGUGGCAAGGCUUUCUGCCAGAGACCUUUCACUUUCCUGACGAUAUUGUGGUCUUUUGUUCCCUUUUCUGAUUUCCCUGCUCCAGCUGACUGCAGUGGGCAGUUCCUGUGUUUUUGGCUGCUUGCCCUUGAAACAAGGCUGGCAGCUCCUCUCCUGACAUCGCCUCAAACCAUGCACCUCUUAUACGAUCCUCUGGAUAUGCAGCCCUGCUACACCUGACCUUUGCUCAUCUUCCUUUUGCAAUACUUCCAAGCCCCUUUCCCAGUGAAGUGUUGCAAUUAUAGAGCCAAGUAAGGAGCUGCAUAGUUCUCCAGAGGGAGAGCAGCGUUUCCCUUCUUGCUGCAGGAAGGCCUGUCUCCAGUGAUCAAAGACAACUGCAGGAGGAGAAUGAGGAAAUAGAAUGCUGGAGAAUGGAAUAGAAAACCUGCUUGGAAGAUCUCUGCUUGGAGCGAGACUCAAGGAAAUGCAUAUCCAUGUUUGCUGCCUCUGAUUCCCCUGUUGUUAGUGUGGGGGUUGCAGAAGGACCAUCAAAGGGAAUGCAUUCUAGCUAAUUUCAGAGCAGCAGCAGCAGAUAGUUUCAACUUGACAGCUCCUUCCUCUUCAGACCUCAGCCACAGCCUUGGAUCCAAAGCCCCUCCAGACCCUCUCAAAGCUGAUGGGUGGAUGAGCCACCCUUGGCAUCUCUCCUCGUGCGUGUGACUCAGACAGAUUCUGCUUGUCUGAAGGAUUCCUGCAAAUCCUCAGAGUUGUCCAACCCGCCUCGGCGCAGUGCUGGAACCCGUGAGAAGGGCGUUGGGAGUGAGCUGUGCAGCACCAGCAGCCUUGCUCUAUGGCAGUGGGCACGGAGGCUCUGCCUGCCCUCCCACUGCAUGCCCUUGCUGUGGUGUGGGGCUGGAUCCGAGCAUGGCUGCUCUGAGUUUGAUGGAAGGAGGUCUCCGUGGACAUUUUGUUGGAGGAUUCGAGUCCUUCUGUAGAGGACCCAUCCAGCUAGGAAGCAGGUUAGUGCUCAUAGGCACUACUUUCCUUGUGCUCAUCAUUGCCUUGGCUUCUGCAUCUCCUGGGCAAUCCUCUCCUGUACACACCCUCCAGAUCCACAGACCUGCUUAUCCAGUCUUCUGCUUACCUCAGUGCUUGGUGAGAGAAUGUUCGAAAUGUUCAACCUGGAUUGGAAGUCUGGGGGCACCAUGAAGAUCAAAGGCCAUAUAUCUGAGGAUGCUGAAAGCUUUGCCAUCAAUCUCGGCUGCAAGUCCUCGGAUCUGGCGCUUCACUUCAACCCCCGCUUCAAUGAGUCCGUCAUCGUCUGCAACUCCUUGUGCUCUGACAACUGGCAGCAGGAGCAACGCGAUAAACAUUUCAAUUUCUACAAGGGCUCCACUGUCAAGAUCAUCGUUGAAUUCCUGGGAGACAAAUUCCUGGUGAAACUACCAGAUGGGCAUGAAGUGGAGUUCCCCAACCGGCAUGGCUAUGACAAGAUCAGCUACUUGAACAUUCUUGGAGGAUUCAAGGUCACCUCCUUCAAGGUGGAGUGAUGAGUUCCGCUUCCUAGUUCUAAUAAAAACCCAGCUGUGACUGCUUGCACCAGC